AUGACCCCAGGUCAUCUCUCCUUCCUUCAUUUUUUCAACGACAUGGCUCGCCAAGGCAAGAGCAGAUCCUGCAGUCCCGCGUCGAAGCAGCGGAUAGCCACAGAGCGCUGGCUUGCGAAGCCAGGAGUGCGAGAUGCUCGAAACGAGAAGGCUCGCAUUCGAGUUGCUCAGAAUAGGGCAAGGAAAAAAAGGGUUCUAUCUUGCGAAGCGCAUGACACGCCUGUCACUGCCUCGGACCAUGAAGACUAUUAUUCUCAGUAUGACGCCACCAAAGCCGUGCUCACCUUGGACCGUAACGAUUCCGAGUGUGAUGCUACCGAAGCCGUGCUCGCGAAUGACGAUCUACCUUAUCUCGCAGACGCCAAUCUGCCUUCUCCUCGCAACUCUCCCUCGCUGCAAGCGAUUGAUGAAGAAUCGUGUUAUGAUCGUUCAUUCGAUCCUGACGAAUCUAUCCUCACAAUGGACAGCGAUUUACCCUGUGCCUGUGACUCUCCGUCACUGCAAACGCUUGAGAUCCUCGUCGGGCAGUGGCGAAAGGAGUGGCUGUCUGAAGAAAUGUGGAAUGAGGCAUACAAUGAAGCACUUCGUCGCGCUCUGAGCAAGGGGGAGCACGCUAUAUUUGUCGAGCAGUGUGCACAGCAUGCUUCAGAGGGUAGAUCACUGCUGGAAAGUAUCAAGGAUGUCGUGCACACUCAUUGCCCGUAUUGCAGGGAACGCCUGAAGUACGAUACAAUAUUACUAUAUGAUUUACUGGUUAGUGUCACAUCAGAGGUGAAAUUUUUCGAAGUCAAAUUAGUUGUAGACACCGUCUGUAACUAG